AUGAGCUCAGAACAUGCUCGAGUCGCCAACUUCGGCGCAGGCCCGUCCGCACUGCCCGUGUCCGUCCUCGAGGAGGCCUCCAAGGGGCUGCUCAACUUCCAGGGCACGGGCAUCGGCAUCGCCGAGCUCUCGCACCGCUCGAAGGAGUUCCAGGCGUUCGUGAAUAACAUGGAGUCGCUCAUCCGCACGCAGCUCGACGUGCCCCCGACGCACCGCAUCCUCUUUACGCAGGGCGGCGGCUCGAUGCAGUUCUCCGCCGUCGUCCUGAACAUGCUCGCGCGGCACCGCCUGCUGCACCCCGAGCGCGCCGCGGAGGACACCGUCCUCGACUACGUCGUCACCGGCUCGUGGAGCAAGAAGGCUGUGGAGGAAGCCCAGAGGAUGGGCGGCGCGCGGGUGAACGUCGUCGUCGACUCGCGUACGUUCUCGGAGAGCGGCAAGGCGUUCGACAUCAUCCCGCCGCAUGACGCGUGUAAGUUCUCGGAGGACCCUGCGCUGAUCUACUACUGCGAGAAUGAGACGGUGGAUGGCGUGGAGUUCUCGCACGAAGACGCGUCGCCUGCGUCGUUCCCGUUCCACCUUCUGGGCAAGAACGGUGGGCUCGUCCCGCUUGUCGCGGACUACUCUUCGUCGUUCAUGUGCAGGCCCAUUCCGCACCUUGCGGACCAUGCUAUCAUCUAUGCUGGUGCCCAGAAAAAUAUUGGUCCUGCCGGCCUCACAAUCCUCAUCGUCCGAGAAGACUGCAUCGUCGACGUGGACGCAGCAGCCAAGCUCGGUGCGAGCCCUGUCCCGCUCACGAUGUCCUACAAGACCCUCGCAGACUCGGGGAGCCUGUACAACACGCCGUCAGUGCUCCCGAUGUACAUCUCGGGUCUCGUGCUCGAACGGAUGCAGAGGCAUGGAGGCUUGAAGCACUAUGAGGAGACGAACAAGCGGAAAGCAGAGAAGGUGUAUGCUGUGCUGCGGGAAGGGCAGGAGAAGGGAGUCUUCAAGCGCAAGGUAAAGGAGGGCUCGGGCAGCUGGAUGAACGUCGUCUUCGAGGUCGUCGGGCCGGACGCUGAGAAGGCGUUCCUCGAGGGUGCCGAGCGAGCGGGCAUGAUGGGGUUGAAAGGUCACAGGUCUGUUGGAGGGAUCCGAGUAUCACUUUACAACGCUGUCACGGAACCGGAAGUCGAUCAGUUCGUUGAAUACGCGAAGCAAUUUAUCGCAGAACGCAGCGCGUGA